AUGUUGGAUGUGGAAUCUGAUGAUGUGAAAUUUCUCGCGAUCCAUGGAAUGGGAGGUGUUGGCAAAACAACACUAACCAAAGUCGUCUUCAACCGAUUGUCUUCUCGGUUCCAAGGCUGCAAUUUCCUUUCGGAUGUUCGAGAGUCAUUCGAACGACAUGGCUUGGUACAUUUGCAAAAACGAUUGUUAUCCAAGUUCCUUGAUCGUUGUUAUGUUGACCAAAUUAGUGAAGUGGAUCAUGGGAUUGACAUGAUUAAGAGGGUACUUCAUAAUAAAAAAGUUCUCAUUGUUCUUGACGACGUGGAUGAAAACAAGCAGCUGAAAAAUUUGGCAGAAAAAGGAAUUUGGUUCGGUUCUGGUAGUCGGAUUAUCAUUACUACUAGAUACAAAAGUGUCCUAAUGAUUGACAGAGAAGCAACAAGUGAAGGUCCUAUAAAGUGUGCAAAUGUUUUGACUUAUGAAGUACAGGAAAUGGAAUUUUGCCAUGCUCUUGAGCUUUUCAAGAGAUCCAAAGAAUUUUGGGUAGACACUUUGAAGAAGCUAGAAAAAGCUCCUUCCAUAGAAGUCCAAAAAACAUUGAUGAUAACUUAUGAAAGGUUAGAUGAUGCGCAAAGACAAGUAUUUCUGGAUAUAAGUUGUUUUUUUGUUAAUGAGGAUAAAACCUACCCUUGCUACAUGUGGGAAGAUUGUGAAUACCACCCAUACAAUGCCAUUGAAAUCCUCUGUCUCGUGUCCUUGAUAAAAAUCAAAGAUGACAAUACCUUUUGGAUGCAUGAUCAAGUGCGGGACCUUGGAAGGGCAAUCGUUCGUGAAGAUAAUUUCAAAGAGCCUCACAAGCGUAGCCGAGUGUGGAAUCAUCAUGAAGCCUUGAGCAUUUUGGAGCAGAAAAAGGGAAGCAAGAAGAUAGAAGCACUGUCACUAGGAUCUCGUGGAGUCAUCAUAAUGCCUAGUGAAGUUGCUAAUUUACGACACCUGAGGUUCUUGGAUGGGAAUGAGAUGUUUCUUGUUGGAGACUUCAAUAAACUUCUCUCCAAUUUAAGAUGGCUUUCUUGGCGAUGGUGCCCUUUUGAGUUUGUGGCAACAAACUUUCAUCUAGUCAAUUUAAUCGUUCUUGACCUUUCACACAGCUAUGUAUCAGAGAAAUGGAUUGGCUGGAACCAAAUUAGAGUGGCAAGUAAACUAAAAGUACUAGAUCUCAGCAAUUGCAACGACUUAAUGAGAACGCCUGAUUUAUCUAUGUUGGUGUCCUUGGAGAGAUUGAUUCUUGAAGGUUGUCGCAAUUUAAUUGAAAUUGACCCUUCCAUUGGAAAAUUAAAGCUCCUCACUGCUUUAAACUUGAAUGGAUGUCACGCCCUUGAAGGGUUGCCUUACGAAAUAGGAUGUCUAGAUGCUUUGAUGGAGAUUCUCAUGCCUCGUUUGUCCUAUGCAUUCAAACUUCUAGAGACAAUUGGUAAUUUGAAGUCAUUGUUGACCCUUGAUGUAUCACAUAGCUGGAUCUGCAUGUUGCCAGACUCGAUUGGAGGGCUGGUGAAACUUAGGCGGUUGAAUUUAUUUAAGUGUUUAAAGAUAAAGGAACUUCCAGACUCGGUUGGGAAAUUACGAUCAUUAGUCGAGUUGGAUUUGUCAUCAACAAGUUUGGGACACCUACCUGAUUCAAUCGGCAAUCUAAAGCAAUUGACACUACUUAGGAUGAGCCACAUAAUGAUCACAAAAUUACCAAGAGCGAUUGGGCUAAUGGAGAAGCUUGAAGAAUUAGAAGCUAGUGGAUGUCACCGCUUGACCGGCAAAAUCCCUGAAGAAAUUGGGAGGACAUAUAUGCUGGAGCGGGACUCUGCUUGUCACUCUAGCAUCAUACCCCUAUAUGAGAUUGAGACAUUUAGAGGUGCGUACGUGCAAGUUCUCCUCAAGAGCACUUUGUCUAUCGCACAUGAAGAUUUUGGAAGAGGUAAAUCUGUUCGGAUGCUCCCUGUUAGUUGA